UUGUUUUUAGAUCAAACAAGUAUGGCAUGUGUGGCUAUCAAAGACGUCAUGCAAUCACAAACAUGUGGACAAAAGUUCCACGUAAUACCAAUAUGGAGAAUUUACGAGACAAUUACUUGUUUCCUCAGAUAAACAUGCGAGAGGAGGAGCAUGUAAAGAAGCAUCCCCAUGCAAAAUUGAUUAGACUUGGAGUAGGCGAUACAACUCAACCUAUUCCACACACUACUUCUUCUGUCAUGUCUCAGUAUGCACAAGCUUUAGCUACUAUUGAAGGUUACAAUGGCUAUGGAGCAGAACAAGGCAAUAAGGAAUUAAGGAAGGCGAUUGUUGAAACAAUUUAUACAAAUACAGGUAUUACGAGUGAUGAAAUAUUCAUAUCAGAUGGAGCACAGUGUGACAUUUCUCGCCUACAGAUGUUAAUGGGAUCCAAUAUAAGUAUAGCAGUCCAAGAUCCUACAUUUCCGGCUUAUGUUGAUUCAAGUGUUAUCAUAGGCCAAGCCAGCAAAUUUCAAGAACACACAGGAAAGUACAAUAACAUUGUGUACAUGAGCAGUGGCCCUGAAAACAAUUUCUUUCCUGAUUUGAGUAGUACUCCUAGAACAGAUAUCAUUUUCUUUUGCUCUCCUAAUAAUCCAACAGGCUAUGCUGCUUCUCGUCGAGAAUUAGAGCAGCUUGUUGAAUUUGCAAAGAUUAAUGGCUCAAUUAUAAUCUUUAAUUCUGUAUAUGCAACUUAUAUCUCGGAUGAUAGCCCUCGAUCAAUCUUUGAAAUCUCCAGCGCCAAGGAGGUUGCUAUUGAAGUGUCUUCUUUCUCAAAGCUCGCCGGGUUUACAGGAGUAAGAUUGGGAUGGACAGUAGUUCCAAAAGAUUUAUGCUACUCAAGUGGCUUUCCAGUUAUUAACGAUUACGAUCCAAUUGCAUGCACCUGUUUUAGUGGCGCCUCUAACGUUGCUCAAGCCGGUGGCUUAGCGUGCCUUUCUCCACAGGGCUACAAGGCCUUGCAAUCUACAAUCGAUUAUUACCUGAAGAAUGCUGAAAUGUUGGUUGAUACGUUUACAUCUUUCGGAUUAAAAGUGUAUGGAGGACAAAAUGUACCAUAUUUAUGGGUUCAUUUUCCGGGCUCUAAAUCUUGGGAUAUAUUCAAUGAGAUUCUUGAGAAUACUCAUAUAUUAACAGUCCCAGGCAGGGGAUUCGGUUACAAAGGUGAAGAGUUCAUUCGAGUUAGCGCCUUUGCUCCCAGAGAAGCUAUUUACGAAGCAUCCAUGAGGCUAACAAACUAUUUUAGUGAAACAACUCCUUGGCUCCCAAAGAAGCUAUUAAUGAAGCUUCCAUGAGGCUUAAAGGCAGCUGCCAGCGCCAACUUAACGAUCAUCUUCUCCUCUAUCGUUGAUUACACAAACAUAUGCCAGUAUGUUACUCA